AUGUACACUAUAUGUCUAGAAAUAUUCAAGCUUAGUAGAAUCUUUCCAAAAAGGGCAUACUCAACACUAAAUAAGACAACGAUUUUACGCCGCAUUACUCGAUCGAAAAUGGAUGAAGAAUUAAAAUGUCGUGAAAAUCCAGUCGUGUUACGUUUAGACUCGACAGAAUUCCAGAGUAUCUUUACCCCGGAAGUUUUGGCAUUAAAGAAUAUCUUUGAUAAAUAUAAAUAUGAAAUAAGAAUAGCCGGUGGUGCAGUAAGGGAUCUCUUGAUGGGUCUAAAUCCAAAAGAUCUCGAUUUCGCAACAACAGCAACACCACAACAAAUGAAAGAAAUGUUUACUACUGAAAAUAUUAGAAUGAUAAAUGCUAACGGAGAGAGGCAUGGCACUAUAACAGCCAGGAUUAAUGACAAGGAGAGUUUUGAGGUGACAACACUGAGGAUAGAUGUACUCACCGAUGGACGCCAUGCAGAAGUAGAGUUUACUACAGAUUGGAAACUUGAUGCCAACAGGAGAGAUCUUACAAUCAAUUCUAUGUUUCUUGGUUUUGAUGGCUCUGUGUAUGACUAUUUCUUUGGUUAUGAAGAUUUAAAAAAAAGAAAGAUUGUCUUUGUUGGUGACCCUGAUAGAAGAGUCAAAGAGGAUUACUUAAGAAUAAUGAGAUAUUUUCGUUUCUAUGGAAAGAUAGCAGACAAACCUGACAACCAUGAGGAAAAUACCCUUAAAGUUUUGAGAGAUAAUGUAAAAGGCCUUCAAAACAUAUCAGGGGAAAGAAUUUGGGUGGAAUUAAAAAAGAUGCUGCAGGGUAAUUUUGCUGGUAAUCUAUUGAAGACUAUGAUUGAUGUGGGUGUUGGCGAAUACAUAGGUUUACCAGCAUCUCCAAAUGUAGGGGAACUGGAGAGGUUGCUAAAAAGAGCUGAACACCUGAACUUGCAUCCAAUUUCUUACUUGGCAGCCCUCCUAACAGAUCUGGAUGAGGUGACAGUUCUAUACAACAGGUUGAAAUUUUCUGGUUAUGAUAGAGAUCUUGCAUACUUCCUGGUGGAACAUAGAGGAGACAAGGAAGGCAGCAGACCAUUAUUACCAUAUGAAAAACUAGUUUUGAAUUCCAAAAUAAAACAAAAGGAUGCAAUUGAAUAUGUAAAGGAAGUAUUAAAAUACAGAGGAGAUAAACUCUUUGAUCAGUUCAGUGAAUGGACUGUACCCAGGUUCCCAAUUAGUGGUAAGGUUUUAAAAGAAGCUGGAGUCCCACCUGGAAAAAUGUAUGGACCUAUCAUUAGCAAAAUCAAAGAUAUUUGGAUUGAGAGUAAUUACAAACUAUCAGAAGCAGAAUUAAUUAAACACAUCCCCGGCAUUAUAGAGGAAUUUGAUAAAAAUAAAUUAAAACCAUAA